GAAGCCUUCUUCCCCCAUUUCUUGGAAAUCUUUCCCAGCUCCUUCUACUUUUCGUUGCACCGCAUCACUCUGCCGAUUGCAUCCGCCAUACUCAAACCCUGCCUUUUUGUUUGGGUUCAUCUGCAAGAAGAAAACAGUCACACAAGUCUCAGGCAGAAUCCGUUAUCCCGCCAUCAUCGCUUCAACGCGCAAUAAAAAGCGGGAUCGACCGAAGCUUGUAACGGAGAAAGAGGGGCGUUGCGUCGUUACAACCCUCCCGAUUCAGUUUCCGCCACCAUGACCGACUACUUCGACAACUGGUACUUUGCGACCAACAAGACCAGCAACACAUGCCCAACGAUCCCCUUCAAAUGCGUCGGCCCAAACGCAUGCGCCCGUGAUCCCAACACGGGCCGCAGCUACUGCUGCGACGCCGGACCCACCGCCGUGUGCUGGACCGGCUCGACGCCGUGCCAGGGCGACGGCUCGACCAUGGCCUGCGGCUCGGGCACCAGCAGCUGGUGCUGCCUCGCCAACGGCAGGGAGAAGUGCACCGAGACGAGGAACCAGAUCAACAUUUGCUGGAGCACGGCACACGACACGCUGCGCAACAUCAGCGUCGCCUCCCUCGAGGCCGUGCAGUCGUCUCUGGCCUCCAAGAACCCCGACGCCAGCUCCCUGAUGUUUACGCCGACGGAUAUCAUCGCCGCCACCAGGACCCCGACCGCAACGCCCUCGACGUCAGUAACGACGACCAGCUCCGGAGCUUCCUCGGCGACUUCCAGCACGAGCACUUCCCCAGCCGCCACGGGCGCAGCAGGGGCCGCAGAAGGCGCGGGGUCGGGCAAUUCCAACACGGACUCGUCCUCCUCGUCCUCCUCGUCUCUCGGGCCGGGCGCCAUAGCAGGUGUCGUCGUGGGGCUCGUCGCGGCCCUGGCCAUUAUCGGGUUGGUCGGGUUCCUCAUCUGGAGGCGCAUCAAGAGGAAAGAAGCCGACAACAUGGCGGCCGCCAACGCGCAGUCGCCGGGGACGAGCGAGCUGUCUGCCCAGAACGGCUCGCCAUUUUCCCCGCGCAGCAACGCAUCUGAGCUGCCGAUUGGAUACUCGCACGCAGACAAGACUCACUACGCCGCCGACAGCAAUCGCGAAUAUUACAAUUACAAGGUCCCCGCCACCUCACCGUCUGAGAUGCCCACGCCGUACACUGACGCCACGCCUGCCGAGAUGCCGACGUCGUACAACACGAUGAGCGAGCUGCCUGCACAGCACUAUCAUAGCGGCGGGGAUCAUGAACAAACCCCUUUUAAUCAGAACACGAGGCGUUAGCGGCACCUUGGGAUCAUUGUGUGUGGUAUUUGUUUUUAUCAGCCUUGGAGGGGGAAAAAGUUGCGAUACCUAUUUUGUAUUAAUUCUUGAAUAAUACUAUCAUUCUAAGCAUCAA